AUGAAUGGCACAGAGGGUGAAAGGUUUUACAUCCCCAUGUCCAACAGGACAGGGCUUGUCAGGAACCCUUUUGAGUACACACAGUACUAUUUAGCACAACCAUGGAAAUUCAAGGCUAUGGGCAUCUACAUGUUUCUACUGAUUGUUUUUGGUUUACCAAUCAAUGGGCUGACAUUGGUGGUCACAGCUCAACACAAGAAACUUCGACAGCCUCUCAAUUUUAUUUUGGUCAACUUUGCUUUUACUGGCACAAUUAUGGUAAUCUUUGGAUUCACUGUUUCUUUCUACUGCUCGUUGGUUGGCUAUAUGGCAUUGGGACCUCUUGGUUGCAUGAUGGAGAGAUUAUUUGCAACACCUGGUGGUCAGGUUUCUCUUUGGUCUCUGGUGGUGCUCGCUAUUAAGAGGUACAUUGUGGUCUGCAAGCCAAUGGAGAGCUUCAAAUUCUCUUCAAACCAUGCAAUAGCAGGCACUGUUUUCACAUAG